ACUACAUAUAGUACUGUAGUACAUCACGACUUGUAAGCACGUCAGCACUUUGCAGCUUAAUUAUGUGGCUGCUUUGGCGGUGUGUGCACGCGCGGUAAGCAAGCCUUGGACUGAAGUUAUAUAGCAGCGCAAGAGGAAGGACAUUGGCUGUCAGCCAACAAUGCCUCUGUUCUGGUCCGGUCGCCUUUCAAUGUCGGAUGCUUAGUCGUUAGUGUCCGCGGAGUGCGCAACGUCUGCAAGUCAACAAGGCGAUUCGUUGCUAAGCAAGAUUCCCACGGGAAAAAAACAUUGACGUCUGGCGAGAUUCGCGUAUCGUCGGCAGCGGCGUCAUGAAGCGAUCCAUUCUCAGAAACAUCCUCAACCUGCCCGCAGCCUGCGCGAAGGCAGCCACGACACCGGGGCAGGACUGCUGGCAAAGGAGCAACGCCGGAGUCACACAGGGAGCCGAGGAUUUAGAGAGCACGUACGUCGCCGGGGAGAUGGUCGACGACGAGGGUUACUACCAGGGCAUCUACGUCGGCUGCACGUCGAAGCGCGACGCCGACACGCGCCAGGCAGCUCCCACCUCGCUCCUACAUCAACCGUCCGCCACCGCGCCCCGUGCCGAGCCGGAAACCAGCGACUGCACGUUCGACGAAGACUCUAUCGAUGAAGAUGAAGGACGGCUGAAGGUGGCCGUCGCUACAGACGCGGCGACGCGCUGCGACGAUGAUAUUCCCGUCGGUCGGAUCGAGAUGGCGCCGAAUGGUCGUCACCUGUUCUUCGCUGACGCUAGCGUCGUCUUCAACGGUGACCAGCCGACAGUCGGGCAGCAGUCGGCGAGGGAAACCGCCGUGGAGGUGUCGACUAGCCGAGGUGCAGUGGAGGAGCGAAGUACUGUCUUGUCACAGUGCACGGUAGAAGCGCCGGCUGGUAGCGAUGCAAUGAACAGCGAGCGUUUAUACGGGUAUAGCAAUGCCGAUGACGAUUCAGAUACGCUUGUGAAGGUAAGGGAACUCAUGAAGGAGAAGCCAGCAAGUGCAAACAGCAGGGGAAGGUUCCCCGAUGCCGCUAUGGACGUGUCGAUUAGUGACGCUCAGAGGUGUACACUUCCUAAUCGGCUUGAGAGUCGGAGUCUGGCAAGUGCAAGCGUGGACAGAACGUGCAGCAUUGCAGCCAUAAGUCGACAUGGGGUAAAUACGUGCAUGAGUGACUCAUUCGCGAGCGAAUCGCCACAGAUUGUGAGCAACCCUAGGCUAGCCUCUCUGGCGGCCGCUCAGUGUAAUAACAGGAUGAGAAACCAGGCAAUUCCCAGUCAGCAGAUCGGGAGGAAAAAUGCCUGCAAUGAGGCAGUUGCGCCCGUGGCGUUGGCACGCGGGUUCGUACACGAUGCCAACCUUCCACACGAGCAGGUGGACUCGGGCUGUAGAGCAACCACGAGCGAUGACAUCGUCGCAGCACGUAGUGUCAACUCAGGUGAUACCACGUGCAGUACCGCCACCGAUCACGUCCGGGAUUUCGCGGUGCGUCAAGCGAGAAAUAUGACUUCUCUAACGAAGCGUUCGCCCGUAAAGCGAGUGAUCGUGAGUCCACGGCGGGUGACAAUGCGAUACGUUGACGCCCGCAGCGUGCGGGCAGCGCGAGCCAGCUGCUACGUCGCAUCACCGCGGAAGGCAGCCAUUCGCAAGCUAGAGACGAAGACAGCUCAACGACAUGCGCAUCGGCAGACAGUGGCGGAUUCCCCGAGAAGAAUUAGUAAGAAGCGGUUGGGAAGCCGGGGUACUCCGUGCCGUGAGCGCACCUACGGCAGGGCGCCGCUGCAGCGCCGAGAGCGAAGUCGCAGUGGAAAGAGCAGGCGCUGCUUGUCCUUGCAGGCCGCUAGAUGUCGACACUGCUGCUGCUGCUGCUGCCGAAAGAUGCAGGCAACCGCUUGUGGGUACGGCGAGGAACGUCAUGGUUCGCGAAAGGUGUCGGCAUGGCGCGACGACUUUUGCAGUGAUGAAGAUGACGCUGAGGAGGAAGAGGUAGAAGAUGAGGAGGAGGGGGAGAGUUUUAGCAGCUUGCAGGCACACGUAAACGAGCUGUCACUCUAUGGAGCAUCAGACGGAUCUGACUAUUCCACGGACUCGGAGUCAGAGACAGCGCCACCGGGGAGAUGUGCGUGCAAGAGCUCGCCUCAGAGGUUGCAAUACGCAAGAUUCCGCGUGAAGACGACGCAGCAGGCACGCGUACACAAGCUGGCGUCACAUGCCAUGUUACGCCGGAGUAAUCGGCAACGUGUGCCUUCACAGCGCUACGACGCACGCCCAACGCACGACAUUGAGUGGCUCUCCCAGGCGGGAGGACGACUAGCGGAUCCAUGCUGGGACGAACUAAAAAGCGAAGUGAGAUACUGCGGCGGUAACGCCAGGGAGGCGUCUGCAGCUGCCGACGUCCAGCCUGUGGACAGACAAGUGAGCAUGCAUGGCAUGUGGCACAACCAGCGUUCGGGCAGCAGCAGCAACAGCUCGAGUAGGAAUGACCUGCAGUUGCAGAAUCCGUCCCCGUUACGCCACCGCCGAGGAAGACGAGAAGAAAAGGAGAAGCAAAGAGAAGGUUACCAGGGGAAGGUUGGACGAGGACAGCAGAGGAGCCACAGCGUGUCUCGGCGCGAUAUUCCGGACAGAGUCAUUCAUCUUGCAGGUCAGUUGCAGCUGGGAAUUGGCGCCCAUUUUGGCAUGCUGAGUGUAACAGUUGCACAAGCUAAAGGAUUACAGCCAAAGGGAAGAAGGCCACCAAAUACGUUCAUUAAGGUUUCACUAGUACCCGACACGGAGAAGCGCACGUUCUGUACCACCGACGCCGUGACGAGCAGCUAUGCACCGCACUUCAACCAGCAGUUCUCAUU